AUGAGCAAGAAAGCCACCCUUCAGAGCCUCGUGAGUGAGUUCAAUCACACAACUGCGGCUUCAGAAAUUCAACAGCGCUUGAAACCUUUCAUGGGACCCUCACACAAACUCCGACAGGGAUUGGCUCCGCUACCAUUGAUCAGAGACGCAGAAGGUUUCCCAUGUACUUCUCAACAAGCGGCCCUUGAUCGCUGGAUCAGCUUCUUCAGCGAAAUGGAAGGUGGCGAAAGGGUUGAUGAGCAACAGCAGCGAGAGCUCUGGCGAGAGAACCUGGCGACCUUGCGCUGCACCAACCUCGAAGUCGAGAUUUCAGAGGUACCCUCGCUUGCAGAGCUCGAACAUGCCUGUCGCCAAGUUGCAACAGGCAAAGCAUCUGGAAUGGACAGAAUCCCCUCGGAGCUUCUACGCCAUUGCCCAAGAUCUAUGGCCAGAACGCUUUACUCUUUGAUGUUGAAGGUCUAUCUCCAAGGGCAAGAACCGCUAGCCCACAAGGGAGGAUACCUUGUCCCCAUCUGGAAGGGGAAGCUCAGCAAAGAUGUUUGUGGCGCUUUUCGGUCCAUCCUCAUCUCAUCCAUGGUGGGAAAGACGCUUCACAAGGCCAUGCGCUCAAAGCAAUCAGAUCUGUAUCACAGCUACCUUCAUGCCCAACAACUUGGAGGACGCAAAGGUGUGUCUGUUUCUCUGGGAGGACACCUCAUCAGAGCUUUUUUGCGCAUCUUCAAGGAUCGCAAUCAGCCGACGGCAGUCCUGUUCAUAGAUUUGCAAGAAGCAUUCUAUAGGGUCAUUCGCCCCCUUGCAAUUUCCGGCCAUUGGGAUGAUGCCCAAAUCGCUUCUCUUGCUGCACGACUGCACUUGGAUCACAACAUCAUGCACGACCUCAAGGAACACCUCCAUGAAGCUAGUGCCAUCGAUCUUGCCGGCAUGCAAGGAGUAGCCAAGAGAGCCAUCAGAGCACUACAUACGGACACGUUUUUUGCCCUUUCGGGUCAACAAGACUUUGUUCGUACGAGUCAAGGCUCCAGACCGGGCGAUUCUUUCGCUGAUGUGGUGUUCGGAUACCUCAUGGCCAGGGUGCUGAAAUCUUUCGAAGCCCAACUUGCGACCAAGAACAUCUUCUCCAGCUUCCCCGGCGACACUCAGCCUGACUUCCAUGCACAAGGUUUCCCGGAGCAAUCAACAAUGGAGUUUCAGAUGAUUGGUCCAUGCUGGAUGGAUGACUUAGCGAUACCACUCACGGCCAGCACCAAUGAAGAGCUGCUCACGAACCUUGGAAUUGCUACCAGCACCAUACUGGAUCUUUUCCAAGCACAUGCCAUGACCCCGAACUUGAACAAGGGCAAGACCGAAAUCCUCUACAAACCAAGAGGCAGAGGGUCGCGAGCAGUUCAGCGACAACUUUUUGGACCCAAUGCUCCAGGGCUCUUCUCUGCCAUUGGAGAAUAUGGAACCUACAAGGUGAACAUUGUGACGCAGUACCUCCAUUUGGGUGGCACUACGCACUUUUCAGGAGACCUACGUAAAGAAAUUAAACGUAGGAUUGCCAUCUCCAAUCAAAGCUUCAACAAACACCGAAAGUUGAUCUACCAGAACACAGACCUUGCCCCAGCACGCCGCACUGAGAUCUUCAACAGUCUCAUUCUCAGCAGACUUCUUUUUGGAGCAGAAACGUGGUUCAUCCAGGACCAGAAAACGAAGGACUACCUGCACAGCGCCAUCAUGCGCCUUUACAAGCGACUGCUCAGGUGCCCUUCGGAUUCCCACGUUUCUGAUGAAGAAGUUCUUCAUAAAACAGAACUUCCAGCUCCUCCAGUUCUGUUGAGACUAAAGCGAUUGAGCUAUCUCAGCUCACUCAUUGCGGUUGGACAGUCUGCACACUGGGGGCUCCUCAACCAGGACACAGCUUGGAUGAAUCUUCUACGUGAUGAUUUACAAUGGGUCUGGGACCAGCUGAGCCACUCCUGCAAUCUUGGGAACCCAGUCGAACACACAGACAGGUGGCUGGAAGUGAUUCGUCACCACAGAGGCUAUUGGAGAAGACUGCUGCGGAGAGCCAAGCAGCAUUCAUCUCUUGUGGCCUCCCGCCUCUAUGUGUGUGCCGCAGCUCACCUUAGAAUCCAAAAUCUCCUGAGUACCCAUGCCUGCUGGAAGCUGCCGACAAGGGAACCAGGGAUCAAAGAGCCGGAGGACAACAAAGUCUUUGGUUGCAUGCAAUGCGAACUCAGCUGCCGAACCCUGGCCGGAGAGGGAGCGCAUAUGAAUCGCAAGCACGGUCAAUUUCAUCCUGUCCGUACCUUGAUAGAUGGUACGCAAUGCGGUCACUGCCUCAAAGAGUUCUUCACACAUGGCAAGCUUCAAGCGCACCUGAUUCGUUCUGAUGUCUGCAGAUGUCAACUGGUUGGCAGAAGAGUCCGUCAUCAACCUUUACCAGGUCUGGGAUCCACACAAGUGGCCCUUCAGCAUGAAGUCUGGGAUGGACGUCUUCCGGUUCUACAAGCAGAAGGACCCUGUUUGGAGCCGGUCAUCCCCCGAGACUUUGAUGACGAGCACCCUGCGUUGCUGGAAGCCAUCACACUUCAUGUGGUCGAGAUGUCGGACGACAACAUCAGGGACUUUGAGCACAUCAUAAGAGCGACCAUCAAGCAAUAUGCCAUCUCAUGGACACUCUGCCAAAGGACAUUGCGACGCAUCAUUAAUGUGUUGGAGGAAGCGGAAUUGGAACAGACCAAAGAGACAGUUGACCACAUGAAGCAUUGUUUGAUUUCAUUGUGUUCCUCCAGAGCAUGGCCUUUCCUGCUGCACCAUCAACUCCCAGUACAUGGCCGCUUUGAUCUGGCACAGAUUGAGGAGGACUUUGACCACGCGCUCAUUGAGCCUACACAGCCAGAGAUUCCGCACCCAUGCACUAAGGAGAGGAUCUUCUUACAUGUCUUUUCAGGGCGGCGCAGAGAAGGAGAUCUGCAAUUUUUCAUGGAGAAGCUCUAUGAUCAGCUUUGCGCAGAUGGCACCACACUUUGCGUCGUGUCAUUAGACUUGAUCAUCGACCAGCAAUGGGGCAAUGUCAGACAGGAGACCACUCAGAACUUCUGGUUGGAAGGGGUCAAGGCAGGAUGGGUCUACGGUGCACUUUGCGGCCCACCCUGUGAGACGUGGUCGCAGGCUCGCUUCGUGGACGCAGCCCCAGACCAACAGUCUCUACCUCGACAUGGUCCUCGACCUUUAAGGGACAUCUACGAGCUGUGGGGGUUCAGUUCGCUUAGCAUUCGCGAAGCGUUGCAGGUUGCCACAGGAAAUGAACUCUUACUCUUUUCCAUUGAGCUCCUCUUCUCCCUCGCAUGUGCUCAAGGUUUUGGCGUCCUUGAGCAUCCACAAGAGCCGGACGAUGAGACUAGACCCUCAAUUUGGAGAUUGGCUAUAACCCGAUUGCUGCUGCGUUUUCCCAACGUUGAGCAUAUCGACCUAGCACAGGGACUUCUUGGCGCAUGGUCCCCGAAACCGACGCGUUUGCUGGCGCUGAAUUUGCCUUCUUUGAGAACGCAGCUGAGGGAGCAUCAGAUUUCCAAGGACCUGCCAAAGCGCAGUGCCAUAGGCAAAGGGAAAGACGGAUCCUGGAAGACGUCUCCCCUGAAAGAAUACCCACCGGCAAUGAACCGAGCAUUUGCGCUGUCAUUUUGCCACUGGUUUCAAGCCCAUCCCCAUUGUGCAGAUCAGGGCAUUGACCAGGUACGGGCCAAGCCGAGUCUGGGCGGCAGCAGGCCGCCCGACCUGGCAUUUGCAGCUGCAUCCGUUUCGAAGUGUGUUCUGCUUCGCCGACAGGGUGUUCGGCUACGCCGGAGUGAGUCGCCAUGCAUCCGGCCCAAGAGUGAGAGAACAGAGUUAGGACUCUUUCUCGUUGAUUUGAAUGACAUGAUUCAAGCGGCCGACAGUACCAAUCCAAAGUCCUCCAAAGUGUCUGCGAAGACCGGCACUUGUCAUGAGACUUUUGCAUCCGAGGAAACAGAUCCUGUGAACGCACCGAGUCUUGCAGUCAUGUCGAUGAGCCAGCGUUUGAGCAAGCUGUACCAGGAAGUGACCGUGAAAGGGGAGGACCUGUCACACCUCACACUGGAGGAGCUCUCAGCCGAGAAGAUCAAGUUUGGGGAGAAACAUCAAGGAGCCACCAUGGAACAUGUCUGGCGAACCGACCCCGAAUGGAUCCGGUUCAUGGUGAAUCGAUACGAAACCAGUGUCAAGCCAGAACAUCAACGUCUCAUGAAGUUCGUGGAAUUGAAACUGAAAUACCACGAGGAGAAUCAGCUCCCAGUGAGAGUUCCCAAGGCCAGGAGCACGGCAGCCCCAAUGAUCAGCCGCCGUCAGCCCAAGUGCAAGGCAGCGCCUCGCACUCCAAUCGAGGUGGACGAGGCCGAGAUCUCAGACCUCCAACUCGUCGAGAGCGAUGCCACAUGGGAAAACAUGUCACAUAUCGAGAUGUCCAACCCGGAGACUAUGCCCCUGACGGAUCUGAACCAGCAGCAUGCGGAGGAGUUUCAAGCUCUGCAGACGCGCAUGCUCAAUAUGGAGAAUGCCCUGAGCCGAGUGAUCCGACACUUGGAGGAUCAGGCGAACGACUCCAUCCAGGAGAAUUGA